AUGAAACCGGGUACACCAGGACAGGGAUGGAUAUCUCCAUUCGUCGUGAAUGCAGAAUUUUGUGUGGCUCUACUACGUGACAGGAUUGAAAGGGCAGAUUUCCCUGUUUGUGACGGAAGUUUCCCAUGGCUGAAAAUGCUUCCACUGAAAGUUCUUGGAUUUGUUUGGCGUGCUAAACAGAACAAAAUAGCCUCAUCUGAUGCCCUCCAAAAAAGGGGCAUUUUAUUGGAAUCGUCCUUAUGUGGUGCAUGUCGCGAGGCUGAAGAGACAGGAGAUCAUCUCCUGGUAGCAUGUCCUCUGGUAAAGGUUAUUUAUCCGUCGAUCUACAAUUGGUGUAAUAUCCAGGUGACAGAAUUCCAGUCGGUAAACAACAUGAUCGAGUUUGCCUCCAAAUGGGGAAAUUGCCCAAAAAAAAGGAAAAUGUUAACCACGAUUCUGUUCGGCACACUAUGGUGUAUAUGGAGGGCUAGGAACGAUAGAAUCUUCAACAAAGCUCAAUGA